GAGUAGUUCAGUGACUGAACUUCAGUUGUAAGACAACGUUUGCCGAAGUGUGUCAUCUCUCUGACCCUGAGACUCGAAAGCAUAACACGAUCUUGAUCGACAUCAGACACUAUCCGUCAUUGCAAUGGGUAUCCCUAGCAUGAACAGAGUUGAUGACAGUGGUUAUUAUGAUGGAAGUAGAGUUUUUUCUUGGCUUUCUGAACCUACAGGUUUAUCUGUAGACCAGAUUAACUUUCUACUGAGCCAAUUCACUGCUGUAGGUGCAGCUUUUGCCUUUCGUUACCACCUCCACAAUAAAAAGGUGGCACCUGAAACAAGACAUGGGGCAGCAUUACUUUUGGGUUUGAUCAUGGUUGUGUUUUGCUUUGGAAGGCAGGCACUACACCUUGCUUGUCUUUCAAGCAUAUCUUAUGCCAUCUUGAUGACUGCAAGCCCCAAAAUUGCACAAAGGUUGGUUCUUAUCACUUCGAUGCUUUACUUAUCACUUGUUCAUAUCAAACGACAGUAUUAUAGCUAUAAUUCGUACACGCUCGACAUAUCAGGUCCGUUAAUGGUACUAACGCAAAAAGUGACAAGUCUCGCGUUCUCAUUGCACGAUGGGGUUGCCCGGAAAACGGAAGACUUGACUCCAUUCCAAAAACAACAGCUUAUUCGUAAGGUUCCAAAUCCACUGGAAUACUACAGCUACGUUUUUCAUUUCCACGCCGUGAUGGUUGGACCCACGGUCCUUUUUGCUGACUAUACCGACUUUAUCAACGGAAAGCAUUUUGCCAAUAAAUCAGUAGAAGCGAAAUCAGCAAAAGAAACGGCCGACGAAACAACUGGCGAUGAGAUUGACGUUAUUUCCACUCCGGAACCUUCAGCUGUGUCGAUCGUUUUUAAGAAACUCUUUUUCAGCCUCGUUUGUGCUGGUCUUUUCGUCAAACUCACGCCCAUGUUCCUCAUAACUCGAAUCAAAGAUGACGACUUUGUCGAAAAUACUUCGUUGUUUGGCAAAACACUUUUCAUCCUGUUAUCGACUACAUUCGCACGCAUGAAAUACUAUCACGCCUGGCUUUUGGCUGACGCAAUCUGCAACGCUUCUGGGCUGGGAUUCAAUGGCUACACUGCAUCCGGCAAGGCGAAGUGGGAUCUUAUAUCCAACGUUGAUAUUUUAAAAUUCGAAUGCGGUCUGAGUUUGAGAGACAGCAUCGACAACUGGAACAAAUUUACCAACCGCUGGCUUCGUUUCGUUGUGUAUGAACGGACCAAUCGGUUCCAAACUGUUCUUACAUACUGUUUGUCUGCCAUGUGGCACGGAUUUUACCCGGGUUAUUACAUCACCUUUCUCGGUGGAGCCCUGUGCACAUUGGCUGCCAGAUCCGUUCGCCGCUCGGUUCGUCCCUUUUUCACGGCAAACCGCGUGACGCAGGGAUUUUAUGAUGUCCUAACUUUCAUGACUACACGUGUCGUUAUGGCCUAUCUGACCUUUAGCUUCGUUCUACUUGAAUUUUUGCCAUCGAUGCGUAUGCUGGCACACAUGUAUUUCUGGGUCCAUCUUCUCUCAUUGGCGGCCAUCUUUAUCCUUCCCAAAUUGCUUCCACCUCCAAAACCGAUCAAGGAUCAACUGGAGCAGCAGAAACGUCUGGCGACCGCUAAACUUCCUUCUUCUUAGAUUGCUAAGGUGUAUUUACAAACUUUUUUGAGAAUUAACUAAGGGAAGGGGUUAACCUUGACUAAAAAAUAUGUCAUUAUUAAUUACCACAAGUUACUUGAAACCUUGCUUAACAAUCUCGGGAUGGAUAUUUUUUUAGAAAUUAUCCCCAUCUCUGUGAUUACAUUUGUAUUAUUAAUCAAUUCCAGUUAAGCAACUGGCACAUUCAACCAUCACGUUCAUUUCGCGCAAAUAACACUAAGCAGCUCUAUAACCUGCUUUAGCGUGAUUCAAGUAUAUCGGUAUUUUGCAGCAGCUAUAUAAGUUAUAGAUAAUCUUUUAUCUUCCAGAAGAGUUGAAAAUGUAUGUUUAAUAAAAAACAACCCAUGACCUCUAUCCCCUUGUAUCUUGAAACUCGUUGUGAUUUCAUAUGGAUGUGAUGUGACAAGAUUCAGCAUAUUCCGGCUGCGAUAUGUGUCAGCCGUGUGUACGACUAAUCUAUUUCCUUGCAUAUAAAAUGUUUAAAAUACUGCAUAAAAUCAUUAUACACUUCGAGUAGCUCACA